AUGUGUUUACCUCUUGAAAAAGCAAAUGAUGGUAAUACUGAUUGUCUUGGUGGUACUGAUGAACCUAAAUUAUGCCGAUCAAAUGAUUAUCAACCUAGCGAUAACAAUUUCCAGUGUAUCGGUAACACAAGCGAACUUUGUAUUAAUCCAGUAGAAUUGUGUUUUGAAAGUCGUUGUCAAGAUGGAGCUGAUGAACAAUUUUGUGAUAAGACUUGAAAUAUCACGAUAUACUCUGGUAUUUGUGAGAAAUGGUAUGAAGAUAUUCGUUCUGCUGUUGAAAAUUUCUUUUGUACACGUCAAUUCGAUGCCAAUAAGCCGACAAUGAUACAUUUUGCACUUGGUAAAUCGACGAACUCAACAAC